AUGCCACCCCCGCGGUCUCCUAGUCAAUCUCAACGCGAGGAAGAGCAACAAGAAACUGAGCGGCAGGGCCGGGGGCAGGUGGUAGCGACAGAGGAGGAGGAGGAGGAGCAGGAAGAGGAGGAGGAAGAUGAGGAGCCCCGACUGAAGUACACUCGCCUAACCCGGUCGCUGGGUGGGGUAUAUCGGAAUGGUGAUGCUGUAUCCACAAGCUUGGUCUUUGGCGAGAGAAUGGUUUGUGUUCUUAUGGCCGUGUUCCGUGGUCGAGUGCUAAUCCGUACGCUUAGAUUAUAGGAACCCAUAACGGGAACAUUGUGAGCCUCAUUUCUUGGGAUAUUUAUCACUAUUGAGCUCCAGAGGCUCUGUUACUAAUUGGCGUUUGAACCUGUUGUCUAGCAUAUAUUAUCACUACCAUCACUCAACGGCAUACGGGUCUACCAUGCGCAUUCAGCCUCGAUAACUUCCAUCUCGAUAUCACCGCCUCCCCCCCCUCCACUCCCGACUCAAAUCCGUCGUUUUGCUGCUCACCAAGACCGCAAUAUCCAUGUUGCGACUUCUGCUAUCGAUGGCCUCGUCUGCAUUGUGCCUCUCCUUCCCGCCAAUCCUAGCAACAAUUCGUCAACUGCCCCAUAUUCCAAGUCGGAAAUUACCUUCAAAAACUUUAAGCGCCCGAUUCAAUCGGUAGCGCUGUCGCCAAACUUUCGUACCGAUCGGACCUUUAUAUCUGGUGGAUUGGCAGGAAACCUGAUUCUCUCUGUGGCACCACCGGCGGGCGGGGGCGGUGGAAUGGCAUGGAUGGGGCUGGGAGGUGGCAGUGGCAAGGAUACUGUCUUACAUUCUGGAGAAGGUGCUAUAUCCGCCAUCUCGUGGAGUAAAGAGUCGCCGAGAUUUGUGGCCUGGACAAACGAGCAAGGGAUUAAGAUUAUGAGAUCUCAUAUUGUGCCGCCGGAGGUCAAGAAGGAGGAGGUUACCGAAGGAGGUGAAGGAGGCCCGAGUAUCGGGGUCAAUCCUGGAUUGGCGAGUUGGAUUCCGGGUUUAGGAGUUGGUGGGCGGCCAGUGGGUGAAAUCGCUUGGAAGCGAAUCUCGGCAAUCGAGAGGCCGGAGUGUAUCCCUGAGGAGUUGGCAGCCGUUCACAAACCGAGACUCGAGUGGAUUGAUAGGCGUAACUUAUCAGAGGAUGAUGUCGAUGGCCGAACUCUGAGUACCGCAGACGACGUCAGUCCUACAGCGGUGAAAGGGAAGCCCUCGAUUGGGACUGACUGGGGUCAACGGGAGAAGCUCUUGGUCGGAUGGGGUGGCACAAUUUGGGUUAUAGAUGUUUUUGCGGGAGAUGGAACGGGAGAAGAGGAGAAGCGGGCUGGGUGGGCAGAGAUUGUGCAUAUGUGGGUACCCCGAAAAAAGUGACAUCGGGAAAUACUGUUGACAGUGAUCCUUUAGUUUGCAAACCGAUUGCACUAUUUCUGGCUUAACCAUGUAUAGCCCGUCUCUUGUUCUGCUCCUGGCUUACCUCAGGGAAGAAACACUAUCGUCUCCUGAGCCUGGGCAGGCGUCUUCUUCUAGCGCUGGCGCUGAGGCUUCCCCGGGCCCCAAAUCCCGCACUCGCCGUGGGCGAACCAAUGCACUUACUCCCGAGUUGAGAUUUAUUGAUCUUAACACGUCGGAAGAAGUAAGCGCGGACGAGUUGCUAAUGAGUAGAUUCGAGGGCCUGGCUGUUGGCGAUUACCAUCUUGGUGUUCUGCCAGCUAACCCACCUAUGAUCACUCGCCCACCUUCGGCUUCUGGAGAAGGUGACAUUCUCGGUAUAGGUACCGCAAGCAAUUAUUUGUGGGCUGCCGGAAUGAAUGCUACACAAAUAUUUUCUAGCGCAGCGAGUGUGCGAAGCCUGGGUAGCGUGUCACGGCGGGAAAGUUUCAGCAAUGCAAGUGCGAGUAAGGCCUCGGGAAGUUUGUCCGGCCUCCGGGGAAUGAAGGAGAAAAAGGAAGAUGUUGGGUGGGAGGAAUACCCGGGCAAGAAAAUCUAUAUCACCAGUCCCUAUGAUGUGGUGUUUGCUACUGAGAGGAGCCCAAAAGAUCACCUAGGAUGGCUGUUGGAGAAGGAAAAAUAUAAGGAUGCGUGGGAAUUAGUCGAUGCGCAGCCCGACAUUAUUCCGUCCGAUACCGCCUCUCUAAGCGAAUACGAUGAGGUCGAGCGGGUCGUAGUCGAUGCUGAUGCCGCAGACCCAGCCUAUGACUCUGAUUCGACCAUCAGUGGCGGCAGACAAAAGAUUGUUCAAAUGUCCUCUGCCACAGAAAAAGAAAAACGAAGAAUUGGCGAGUUGUGGCUGCGGAGCUUGAUUGAUGUUGGCGACUGGACUACGGCUGGGGCUGUGUGUGGGAAAGUUUUGGGGGUGUCAGGGAGAUGGGAGCAUUGGGUGUGGGUUUUCGAAGCGGCUGGAAAGAUAGAGGAGAUCACGCCUUAUAUACCCAGCACACCACUAUCGCCACCGCUACCGAGCGUGAUAUACGAGAUUGUUUUGGCACAAUAUCUCACGCAUGACCGACCACGGUUCCAGAAGCUCCUCAUGCGCGACUGGAGACCAGAGGGCUCAAGGACGUUGUAUGAUCCCCGAACUAUCAUCGAUGCCGUUGAGAGGAAACUGGACAACCGUGAAGAUGACGUUCAUGAAGGAGAUGAGGACUGGAUAAUACUGCAAGAGUGUCUUGCGAAAUUAUUUAUGGUCGUCGCCGAGCCUAGGAAUGCGCUGAAAUUCUAUGUCACACUCAAGAAUGCCGACGAAGCAUUCAAACUGAUUAGGGAGUUCCGUCUUGUCGAUGCCGUCAAGGACGACAUUCCAUCCUUCAUAAAGCUGCGGGUGUCUGAUGAGGAGAUGCAGAACGCGAGUAUCGCUGAAUUGGAAAGAGGAACGGAGGAGGCGAUUGGCUUAUUGGUACAGGAGGCUGGGCAUGGCAUUGUUGGUCCGAAGAUGGUGGUGCGGCAGCUGGACGACGACAAAGUAGCCGGCGGAAAGCUAUUCUUGUUUUUUUAUCUCCGUCGGUUGUGGAUAGGUAGCGCCGGUGAUGGUUCUGGGUUGGGUGGAGAGGGGAUUGGAAUUGGAGGAGGGGGAAUAUUGGCAGAAUUUGGAGAUUUGAUGGUUGAACUGUUUGCAGAAUAUGACCGGCCGUUACUAAUGGACUUCCUUAAGGAUAGUCACUCAUACUCCCUAGAGAAGGCAUCUGCAGUGUGCGAGAGACGAAACUAUGUACCCGAGUUGGUCCAUUUGCUCUCCAAGACCGGGCAAACUAAGCGUGCGCUCUUCCUUAUUAUCGACAAGUUGGCCGAUGUCUCCCAGGCUAUCGCAUUCGCAAAGACUCAGGAUGAUCCGGAUCUUUGGAAUGACCUGCUAGAUUACUCUAUGGAUAAGCCAAAGUUCAUUCGCGGGCUGCUUGAGAACGUUGGAACCACCAUUGAUCCGAUCACACUAGUCAGGAGGAUUCCGACAGGCCUGGAGAUCGAGGGGCUCAAGGCUGCUUUAGGAAAGAUCCUGAAAGAGUACGGCGUACAAUGGAGUAUCUGCGACGGAGUUGCGAAAGUUCUCAGAAGCGAAGUGGCGAGGGGUAUGGAAGAGCUCCGCAAAGGGCAACGACGGGGCGUCAAAUUCGAAGUUGCGAUCGAGCGAGAGCUUUAUCUUAGUACCGAGGCGGAAGGCUCUGCCACUGAAGGCGGCGGAAUAGUUCGAGAUGCCGAACUCGAGCGGGAGGAAAUCGGUCUUGGCGUUGGCGGGAGAUAUGCAUGUGGCGUAUGCAAGGUCGACUUCGAGCCUACGGGUAGUCACCCUUUCAUUCGUCCUUUCUCCGUUCAUGGAACAUGACUAACAAUGGCGCAGAGAAAGAUACUCUCAUAGCUUUCGCCUGCCGACACGUUUUUCACGUACGCUGCCUUGUAAUUGCUCAUGGCACCGAGACGGAUGUGCCCGAGGUAUGUGGCCAUGGUGUGGAGGAAGAAAUAUUAGGCGUAAUGGGACGUAGUGUAGGGACUAAGGUCACACAUGCCGCCCUUAUCAGACAGAGGGUCCAGGGCGGCUGCGUGCUCUGUGAGCGGAGGGGAGGCGAAGAUGAGUUUUGAUUUAUUUCGGGUGUUUCUUGUUUUGUUUUGUUUUGUUUUUUUUCCUUCUGUAUUAUUAUACCGGAGCGAACAUAGCUUGCAUUGGUGGUCUGUGCUUUAUGAGGUGAAUUUGUAUAAAUAAGAGAUGAGGGAAUGGGUGCUCUGGUGGCGCUUGGCGACCAGCAGUGCUCGCUGCUUAGCGAGUGAUGCAUAAUGAUCUGUAGUUUGCAGCCUCC